AUGGAAUUUCCGCAAACAAAUCCGCUUCAAGCGACGGGAAUCGGUAACGAGACAGCAAUACUGAAUAGGAGCCAAAUAGCCGCUCGACAAGCCGUGUCGAAAGAGCUUCCAGAGUACAAUGGUGACCCAGAGCAUUGGCCAUUGUUUUAUGGUACCUUCGAAAGCACGACACGAAUCUGUGGAUACACCCCGGAGGAAAAUAUGAUGCGGUUACAAAAAUGCUUGAGAGGGAAAGCCCUCGAGGCUGUACGUUGUCAGCUGCUCCACCCUGGAAAUCUCGACAGCGUUAUAGCAACUCUCAAAAUGCUAUUCGGGAGGCCAGAAAUUAUAGUCCACUCCCUUAUUCAAAAAAUUCAGUUACUACCGGCGCCCAAGCCAGAUAGACUGGGGACGCUAAUUGACUUUGCUAUAGCCGUCAGGAACAUGGUAGCCACCGUCCACAACUGCAACCUGGAUGAACAUCUCUGCAAUAUUUCACUCCUCCAAAGUCUCGUAGAUCGUCUACCACCUAUGAUUCGACUGAAUUGGGCUACCUAUCGUCAAGGAUUAUUCCGCGUAACCCUAACGGAAUUCAGAUGCUGCGAUAGCGUUGAAGUGUGCAAGCAGUUUCUAACGCUAGAUCAUGCUUCGCGAUGGAAUUCGCUACGUGAACACAAACUAUGCCGCUGUUGUCUGGCCAGGCAUCAAGGACCGUGCAAACUGAACAGAAGUUGUGGUAAAAACGGAUGCGCUUUCAAGCAUCACAAACUAUUGCACAAUGAUGCCAGGGAUCAUCGAGGGUUUGCUGUAAGUGCGACUGGCAACCGGCAAAACAUUACUGAUAGUCCAAUUACCCAAAGUGACGUUGUUCAUACUUGCAAUACUCACCAAGCUGACAGUAAAUCCGUACUGUUUCAGUAUAUUCCAGUUAUAUUACACAACCGCGGAAUAAAAGUUCGUACCUACGCGUUCCUUGACCUUGGUUCUUCCGUAACAUUGCUGGAGGAUAGCCUUGCAUCAAAGCUGCAAUUGAAAGGGCGAGACUAUCCAUUGUGUCUUCGAUGGACUGGUGAUGCUUGCCGCUAUGAAGAUUCAGCUACAAUAGUUGCUUUAGACAUCUCUGGAACACGCAGUGAAACAACCGCAUACCGUCUUACAGAUGUUUUUACAGUCAAGGAACUAAAACUGCCAUGUCAGUCCUUGCCGUUCGCAGAAAUUUCGAAAAAUUAUGAUCAUCUAAAAGGACUACCUGUUGAUUCGUACUCUAAUGUUCGACCACGAAUCCUUAUUGGGAUGAACAAUGCUCGAGUAGCACAUCCUGUGGAGAGCCAAGAGGGCGAAGAACACGAACCGAUGGCAGCGAAAACACGAUUGGGAUGGAUGGUGUUUGGAACAUGUAUUACCAAUGAUCUACAAACCGCGACAAAUGUUCCACAUAGCUUUCAUAUGUGUCAUCACGCAACGGACGACGAUGAACUUAACUCUGCCGUUAAAAACUAUUUUGCGUUGGAAAGCCUUGGUAUCUCGAAACUAGAUAGCUUGCCCAUGUCAACUGAAGAUGAACGUGCUUCAAAGAUGAUGCGUGCGGUGACAAAAUUCGAGAACGGAAGAUACUGCACUGGUUUGCUAUGGAAAUUUGAUGACAUCCAGCUUCCCGAUAGCAGACCCAUGGCAGUGCGACGUCAUCGAUGCCUGUUAAAAAGAAUGCAGCGAGAUCCUGAAUUGGCUUCUACGUUGAAGGCAACGAUGAACAAUUAUUUGCGGAAAGGAUAUGUUCGUAAGCUAUCUAAAGAAGAGCAACAGGAAUCUGAACGCCGUGUGUGGUAUUUGCCCAUGUUCCCUGUUUAUAACCCAAAUAAACCCAAUAAAGUGAGAAUCGUUUGGGAUGCUGCAGCGACCGUCGGAGGAACCUCGCUCAACAGUGUACUAAUGAAGGGACCGGAUCAAUUAACACCAUUGCCUUCCGUAUUAUAUCGAUUCCGUGAAAAACGUGUAGCUGUGUCUGGAGAUAUUGCCGAAAUGUUUCUCCGCAUCCGAAUGAAUAACGUUGAUCAGCAAUGCCAGCGUAUUCUGUGGAGCGAUCAAGAAGAUGAAACCAGUGAAUACGUUGUUACGGUGAUGACAUUCGGAGCCAAGUGUUCACCAAGCUGUGCUCAGUUUGUCGUAAAAGAGAACGCCGCAAGAUUUCAAUCAGUGUUCCCGGAAGCUGUGGAAGUGAUAAACAAAGGUCACUACGUCGACGAUAUGUUGGCAAGCGUCGACACCGUGGAAGAUGCUGUAAAACUAGCGAAGGACGUCCGUUACAUACACCAACAGGGAGGCUUCACAAUGAGAAACUGGAUUUCUAAUUCAACAAUCCUUACACAAGCACUAGGCGAAACGGAAGCAACGGAGAAAAGGCUGGAUGGAGAUAAGGAUGCAGUUUUAGAGAAGGUCCUAGGUAUGUGGUGGGACACAAGAACAGACGAAUUUCGCUACAAGUUGUCGACCGACCGGAAUAAGCAGCUACUUUCGGGCAACAAACACCCCACGAAACGUGACGUCUUACGCGUGCUGAUGUCCGUCUACGAUCCCCUUGGAAUGUUGUCUAACUAUAUGAUACUUCUGAAACUGCUUUUCCAAGAGAUCUGGAGAGAUGGUAUUUCGUGGGACGACGAGAUUGGCACGAAGCAACUGGAAAAGUGGAAAAUCUGGCUGCAGCUUCUUCCCGUAGCAGAAUCUGUUAGAAUACCACGAUGUUAUCAUCUUUCACCAUCGGGAGGUAUAGAACGGCUCGUGGAGCUCCAUACGUUCGUGGACGCGAGUGAACUCGGAUACGCAGCAGUUUCGUAUUUUCGAUUCAUUGAAGAAGAUAACAUUUCAUGUUCGUUAGUGGGGUCAAAGAGUCGGGUUGCACCCAUCAAAUUCGUAUCAAUUCGUCGUCUCGAACGCCAGGCAGCAGUAAUUGGUGCCCGGCUAGCAAAAAACAUUGAGCAAGGACAUUCAGUGAAGAUUAGGCGGAGAUAUUUUUGGACGGAUGCACGACAUCAGAUCACCGCAAAUAUUCGCAAUGCAUCGGAGUGGCGAUGGCUUGCAGGAAAAUCUAACGUGGCUAAUGAAGGUACAAAGUGGAACGGUACUUCUUGUUUCUAUGCCGACUCCCGGUGGCUUUCUGGGCUAUCUUUCCUAUCGAAACAGGAAGAAGAAUGGCCAAUAGCAUCUUUCAAUCAGAAAACGGUGGAAGAACUUCGCCCACGCCUACUGUUACACUAUGUCGAAGAAUCCAGAGAUACUUUACAACCUGAAAACUAUUCCAGCUGGAUUCACUUGCAGCGUGUAGCUGCCUACGUUUUGAGAUUCGUCACCAAUAUAAAACGCAAAAGGAACUUUGAACAAAUUUUGCGAGGGCCAUUAACUAGCGGAGAACUACGAGAGGCGGAGAAUUACCUCUACAAACGGGCUCAAUUUGAGUGUUAUGGAGAUGAAAUGAGGACGCUAUCGAAGCAGGAUAUAUCGCCAGGUAAGCCAAUUCUACCCAAGACAAGCCCGUUGUACAAACUUAGUCCUUUUCUUGACGUCACCGGCUUGAUGCGUAUACAUAGCCGUAUAGAUGUGUGCGAUUAUAUUGGGGAAAACACUCCAUUUCCGAUAGUCCUGCCCCGUAGCCAUUCCCUCACUAGGCUAGUGCUGAAAGAUAUUCAUGAAAAAUAUCACCACCAAGGUAACGAGACAUUCGUCAACGAAGCACGUAAAAGGUUUUACAUACCAAAGGUGCGCGUAGAGUGUAACAAAACUCGCAGGUACUGCCAGUAUUGUAAAAACUACCGAGCUAAGCCCAAACCACCGAUGAUGGCCAACUUACCAAAGGAGCGAUUGGCGGCUUACGUCCGUCCAUUUUCAUACGUGGGAGUCGACUACUUCGGACCUUAUCAAGUCACAGUUAGACGACGCCCGGAAAAACGAUGGGGAGUAUUGGUGACGUGCUUGACAACUAGGGCAAUCCAUAUUGAAAUAGCCCAUUCUCUUUCAACCGAUUCGUGCAUAAUGGCCCUUAACAACUGUUUUGCUAGACGUGGAACUCCGAUACAAAUAAUUAGCGAUCGAGGUACAAAUUUUGUAGGGGCUUCAAAAGAGCUCAAGGAAGCUCAAGCACUGAUCGAUAACCAUAAACUAGCAACUGAGUUCACGACACCUACUACGUCAUGGAGAUUCAACCCUCCUGUCUCCCCGCAUAUGGGAGGCACCUGGGAACGUUUGAUUCAGACCAUCAAACGAAAUUUGGCUGUAAUAAAAUUGAGUCACUCGCCUACUGAUGAAGUCCUGAGAAACCUAAUGAUAAAAAUAGAAAAUGUCGUUAACAGCAGACCUCUAACACACGUUCCUGUUGACGACGAAUCUUCGCCAGCCUUAACACCAAAUCAAUUUUGGUGGGAUCCCCAAAUGGUUCAAAACCUCUUGUUCCUUGCAGCAACAGUGCUAGAGCAACGUGACACUCUUGGUAAACAUUAG